AUGGACAAAAUUGAACUAGUGAUGGUCAUGGCGCCAAUGAUGGGGCACUUAAUACCAGCCAUCGAGCUAGCUAAGAUAAUGCUUCAAAAGGCAAAUUGUCUAUCAAUCUCAUUCCUCAUGAUGAAUUCAACAUUGGACCCCGAAUGCACGGCCAAAAUCGAGUCUCUGACUGCCUCAUGCAAAUUUGAUCGCCUUCAUUUCCGUCACCUUCCGAUGCCAGACAUCUCUCAGUGGAAUAUUCCACAUCAGGGAAUCUACCUUCAUCAACUCACAGAGUUUCACAAGUCUAAUGUACGAGAAACAGUCUCCAAAAUCAAAGGUUUUGCAGGGAUUAUUGUUGACAUGAUAAACACGCCAAUGAUGGAUAUAGCUGACGAGCUCAGUGUUCCUAGCUACAUCCUUUUCACUUGUAGUGCGGCCUGUCUUGGCGUUAUGCUCCAUUUCCAAGCGCUCGAAGAUGAGCAAACUAUAAAAACAUGUCAUUUACUCCAGAGAGAAACUAAAUUGGUCAUUCCUAGUUUUACCAACGAAGUUCCAAUUAGUGUACUCCCAAUAUUUACAACUAUCGAGGGAACUUGGUCAGGCAGGUUCUUGAAUCAUACUCGCAAUUAUAGAAGAGCAAAGGGCAUCAUUAUCAACACUUUUGCUGAUUUUGAAUCUCAUGCUAUUGAUUCUUUGUCAAUGAAACAUUCUUACGGUACAACAGGAGUGCCAACCACCUAUCCUGUGGGAUUAAUCCUGAAUAGAUCUCAAAUCCAGGCAGAAUCUACUAAAGGCCAUUUAGAAUUGAUGAAUUGGCUUGAUGAUCAGCCAGCAAAGUCGGUGCUUUUCAUCUGUUUUGGUAGUACGGGAAGUUUCAAAUUAGAUCAAGUGAAAGAAAUAGCACUGGGACUCGAAAAAAGUGGCUAUCGGUUUAUUUGGGUUCUUAGGCGGCCUCCGGCUAUAAAAGGAGGAUUUGCAGGGGAAUUUGAGAAUCAUGGACCUCUUCUGCCAGAAGGAUUCUUGAAUCGAACAGCUUCGAUUGGAAAAGUUGUCGGCUGGGUUCCACAAUUGGCUAUUUUGUCACACCCGGCUGUGGGCGGAUUUGUCUCGCACUGUGGUUGGAAUUCAACGUUGGAGAGUAUUUGGUGUGGUGUGCCAAUUGCUACAUGGCCGUUGCUUGGAGAUCAACAAUUGAAUGCCUUCCAAUUGGUGAAAGAGUUAGGAAUAGCUGUGGAAAUUAGUUUGGAUUACAACGAAGCCAAUGAGCAUCAACCAUUGGUGAAAGCAGGACAAAUAGAGAAAGGAAUAAGGGAAGUGAUGGAUGGUGAGAACGAAGUCCGGAAAAGGGUGAAAGAGCUUAGUGAGAAAAGUAGGCAGGCUAUGAAGGAAGGUGGAUCAUCUCAUGUGACCUUUGAGAAUCUCAUACAUACUAUCUGCAGCAGCCUUCCUAAGUCUGGUGUUUGAAUUG